UAACGACUUAAAUUUCGCAAGUGGCUAGUUCAACACAUCAUGUCGAGCGAAUCGUCUUUCGCCUCGUCGACGCCAUCAAUAAGACGUCUAGUGGCUCGAAGAGCAUGCUUAUCUUGUCGAGAAAAGAAAAUCAAGUGUGAUGGAGAAGCACCUUCCACCAAUGACUCCCAACGGCUGACAUCACCAAACUUAUGCUCGAAUUGUAAAUUUCUAGGAAUAGAGUGUGUCUUUGUGAGGAGCAUGCGUGGUGGUAGACGAAAGAAACGUACCUUGGUUACCGAGGAUAGUCUAGCAAAUGCAGUCCCAUCAAAGAAUUUAAAAACUGAUCAAACAGGUGUUGAUCAUUCGCAACCCAAGGAAGAUCUUAGGAGUACCCCUUCAUCGACUUUAGAGAAGGAAGAUAAACCAGAGGCAUCUCAUUUCCCUAUAUUUGACUUAGGAAAGGCUUCGAGGCCUCUUUCUCCAACUCUUUCAUAUGCAUCAAGUGGAUAUCCAGAUCCUGGGAUUGUUAAUCGAAUGGAUAAAUUACGUUCAUCAUCUUUAUCUGAUCAAAUGAGGGAUCCUAACGAUCAAUCAAGGUACGCACUGUAUGAUUAUAUGCGUCAAUAUGGACCGCCUCCACAUCCAGGUGGACCGCCUCUUCAUAGUCCACCACCUCCUAUGUCUUCGGGUCCAUUGCCUCCACCACCACCUCCUCCUCCUCCUACGUCAAUUCCUCUACCACCAGGCGACCAGAAAUACUAUCGUCGACUUUAUGGUCCAUAUGGACCUCCACGAAAUGUCCCUCCUCCGCCGCGUGAUUACUAUGGAGCCCGUGGUGGUCCUCGCCGAAAUUAUCGGCAUCAUGAUCCCCCUCCAAUGAUGCCUGGUUAUGGGGGUUCACCUCCGCUCCCUCUCAUGCCAGGCCAUCUAUAUCCUCCGAAUGGACAUAUUGGUCAUUCUCAUCCACAACAGCCACAUCCUCAACCGAAUGGUCCAUACGGUUAUCAAAGACCUGGAAUACCAGUCCUCCCCCCUAUAGACGGAAAGGAAAAAGGUUAUCUGGAAUAUGGUUCGUAUUUGUUUCAAAAGAACCAGCCUCAACAAUUUAAUAGAGAAGCUGCUACUUCUGCAUGGCCAAAUUCAAAUGCUCCACAACUGCAACCACAAGGUCUGAAUGGAAACCAGGUGGAUCUCAAACAACCACAUCAACAAGACGAAAAAACUCUCCAUUUAAAUUCACAAACUUCAAAUGACACGAGAAAUGAGAAACCAUCCACUUCUAAUAAUAAGUCUAUUGGAAAUAGUGACGUACAUACACAAACCAAAAGCGAUCUGGUCCUGCUACGGUCUGCUGACGUUAAAAGUGUUUCUGAUCGUAUGGAAGAUGACAAGUCAAUAUCAUCCGGUUCAGAUGAUCGUCAAAGAUUCUAUAGUGGUGAACGUCAACUAGCAUCGGAUACAGCGUAUCCCCCCGUAUAUGGGCAUCCAUAUAAUACUUAUAAUAAAGAUUACUUUAGAAAUUCCUUGUUACUGACAGCACCAAGAUCGAUACAUGAAGAAUACUCUUCAGUUACGCUGAAUCCAGGGUCAGAAAAGUCUAGUCUAACUCCUCCACAACAACUUCGAUUUGAUUUACCAGACAAUAAAACUUUAGAUCAUUUAUUGAAUCUUUAUUAUCGAUACAAUCAUCCCGGACAUCAAAUAUUACCGAAGAAACUGAUUCUUUUACAAUACUUUCCCGUUGACUCUUGCCCAGCCAUAUAUCAUGCAAUUAUUGCAUCCAUAUCGAGAUUAAAUGACAAAGUAAGUAAGGAUGAAGAAGUAUGGAUAGCAAAUGCAUAUAAAUAUUGGGAUAAUUUAAACUCUCUACAGAUGUUCCUUACUUAUAUCAUGAUUCUGAAAACAUUGAAAUAUUCAACUAAUCUUAAGAAUGGAUUGGAAUUGAAUAAAAAAAUAUGGAAUUGUAUUAGGAGUCAAAAAUUAAUUGAAACUUAUAAACAACUCACUAAGGAGGAAUAUUUAGAAAUACUUUCAAUUUCUACUACUAGGCAACUUUUCGAAAGAGAACUUAUGGUCAGAUUAAUUUGGGAUUUCUGGGUCCAUAGAACUGUUAUUUUCAGGAUUCGGGCUGGUGAUCCAUAUAAUAGAUUGAGUACAAUUUUACAUACGGAUAAAUCAGAGUUUGAAAAUAAUCAUUAUUCUGAUCAUCUAGAAAUACCAAUUGAUAAUGAAUCUUAUUUGACUUCAAUCAAGAAUUAUAAAUUGUCAAAGCGGUUCCUGUGGCCAGAUUUACAUUUUGAAUUAAGUAAAGAUAUUCCGGAGUCGGAAAGUUCCAUAUUUUCUGAUUCGACAGCAAUAGUUCUUAGUUCAUCGCUAUUAUAUACCGCUGCAGAUACAAUUUCUCGGAAUGGACUCUUAAAGACUAAUUUUGCAAAAUUAGUUACUUAUGGUGAUAAAUUAGAAAAAGCGAUUAUCAACGAUAUAUUCCGCUUGACAAAGGAGAAUUGUUUGGUGAUCAAUGGAACAUUCUUAUUGAGUCAUUUCAUUUUAAAGGCGGUUAAAAUUCUUUGUAAUUUUUCAUUUAUUCGUGAGAUUAUGGUUUUCAAAUUCUAUCAAAAGCUGGAUAAUGAAUUAGCAGAGCUUGACUUCUUCCCACUUAUUAAUGACGUUACCAUUCAACAAUUACCAGAUUUGGAACUUUUACCACAAGUAAUUAAAAAGUUAACAAACUUUCAAUGGACUUGCUUUGCUUCUGCAGUGAAUUCUGUAUUGGAUAUCAUUAAGCUACUUGAACUUGGAGAAGGACUAAUUCCUGAAAACCUAACCCAUAGAGAAAAUAAACCACUUAGUACCACUCGUAAGACAUAUAAAGUUGCAGUUGGGGUGACUGAUUCUGGAGAAUCAGAUAAACCAUGGUGGGAAGGUGCUAUACAUACAUCAAGAGUAUUAAACACCUCUGAUCAAGCAGAUGCUUGGUUACAAUAUCCAGAGUUUUGUCUUAUGUCAAUCUCUGCACAGAUUGUAGCCUUGGCUAGUUUCGUGGUUCUCAGUAAAUAUAUCAAGUUUGAAGCGAAUGGUGAUGCAGUGACGGUGGUUAUCAGUAUUGGAGAUGAAGUUGAAAAACAGACUAUUGAAGUGCAAAGUACUAUGAUUGCUCAACAAAUCUCACAAGAAUUUGAACAAAACUUCCUUUUGGAAAAGAUUGCAACUUGUACAAACUUUCUUAAGUCUCAUGCCCGAUUUUCGAAUGGUAUGGCCAGUGAUUCUAUUUUGAAAGCAGAGAGAAUUAUUCAUUAUCUCGAAGAAAUAUCUACUCAUCUGAAAACUUAAUUUUUAUGUAUAAUUAUUAUGAUUGAGAAUUCCCAAACAUUGGUCUCGAAUAUAUUUAUAUACA